AUGUUGCAAUUUGUAUUAACAAUAUUAUUAAUUGUACCAAUUGUUAUUGAAUCGGCAGGUCAAUGGUCUUAUGACAGUAUUAAAACAUGGGGACGUGGAAAUCGCUAUUGUGCUGGUCAUUCACAGUCACCCAUUGAUCUUCGUUAUAAUGUAUCAACUUAUGAUAAUCGACUUAAGAAAAUAGUUUUAGAAGAACAGAGAACAUGGGGAACACCCGAAUUUCUCAAUAAUGGUCAUACAGUACAACUUGAUUUAAAAAAGCGAUAUGUUUUAAAGAAUUUAGCACCCGGAAGUGAAGAAUAUAGCGUUGAACAACUUCAUUUUCAUUGGGGUCAUUCAGCUGAUAAUACUAAUGGUUCAGAACAUUUGUUUGAAGGACAAUCAUAUCCACUUGAAAUGCAUAUAGUUACUUAUUCAAAAUGGUAUGCAAAUAUACGAGAUGCGAUGACUAAUACACGAGCUCUUGCUGUUGUUGGUGUUUUCUUUGAACUUACUGAAAAACCAAAUCCAUCAUUCCAACCAUUAAUCGAAGCAUUAGCAAAAAUUCAAAAUGAAGGUUAUCAAGCGGAGGUUAGUGAUUUAUUUGAUUUGAAAGAAUUACUUGGUGACAAACGUAUGGAACGUUAUUAUCGUUAUGAUGGUUCAUUAACAACACCACCUUGCUAUGAAUCAGUUUUAUGGACUGUUUUAGUCGACCCAUUGAAAAUAUCAAUGGACCAACUUAAUGCAUUUCGAGGUUUACAUGAUUUUAAAACUAAAUUAAUGGCAAAUACAUAUCGACCUGUUCGACCACUUGGCACAAGAAAAUUAUUUCGUAGUUUUCCUACUGAAGAUAUUCAAGAAGGUAUUAAACUACGAAUGACAACGGAACUAAAUAAUGGACAAAAUUUAAAAAAUAAUAUGCAAUUAAUAGCUAUUUUAACUUGUUUACUAAUGGUUGUUGUCCUUUAA